AUGUCCGCCUUCCCUCAUCCACCAGGUCUAUCGCCCGCCGAAGUGGCAUUUCUGUGCGAAAUGGAGUCCGUGACGAUAAUCCCGCGCCAGCGCCUCGAACGUCUCGACUUACUCGGCGGUCCGACACGAGCCCUCAUCCCACCGCAGCGGACGACCCUGCCCCUCUGGCUCGCCGUGCUAUUGAAGCGCCAGCGACGCGCGAAUAUCAUGCCCCCGCCCUGGAUUCUGGCUGAGAAUCUGCAAGACAUUCUCGAGACCGAGACACACAAGGACUUUGAGGGCACGUUUUCACCUUCCUCGGCUUCAUUGCCUCCGCAGGGACGGCGUCAGACAGACUACAGCGGAAAGGCGUUCAUAGCCUCCACGCCCUUUGUGGAGUCGUGCACUGUGGAUAGCCAUGCGACGACGCUUCCGUAUCAUUGGUUCGAACUGUCAGAGAUCCUGCUGGAAGCGGCCAGCGACGAUAUUCCCGAACCCGACCGGGUGAGGCAAUUGCUGAGAGACAUACGCGAAGUGCGGCUGGCCAAGAUGCGGAAACAACUACCGCAUUUGUCAGGUGAUGGUGAAGGCACACGGCUGGAUGGCAUAGGCGCCAUGGAGCUCUCCGAAUCCAGGGGAUUUGUCACGGGUGUUGUCGAUGGCCUGAGGAAGAUUGAUGCAAGCAGGGAGCAGGAGAGGAGAGAGAGAGAGGAAGAGGCGAGAGAGAAUCAGAGAUAUAACGACGAUGAUGAUGACGAAGACGACGAAAUGACAUGA